GCCGCGGGGCUGCGGUCCCUCUGCAGAGGGCUGCUUGCUCCGGGUGCGACCGUGGCUUCCCGCCUACCCGUGCGCCCAGCCCUGCGAGCGCCCCCGCGACCUCGGCGACAGCGUCGGCCAGGGACCCCGGCGCCCGCGGUUGACCCUUAAAUAAAACAAAAAUCUAUCCAGUAAAAGGGCUUUCAUGAAGAAAUUAAAGAGAGAAAUUACAAGUAAUAGAGAAACUAGGCAUUUUUAUAACUGGAAAAACCACCUAAAACAACUGUAUGGAGUAAGACAAAAGGAGUGAUUACAUCGGGAAGAAAUUUUACUUAGUGUGAUAUUUUUGCCUACUUUUUUGUCAUAAAAGGCUGCUAAGGAAGAGAGGAUAUACUUUUCUAGAGAAAGAAAGAGUGUAAUAUAAAAAUGGAGAACACAGUUCCUGAAAUACAAGUAGAAAGCAAGGAUGAGAAGAGAUCAGCAGAAGUUAGUCCUCAGAAUGAGAGGCAGGAGGAAAAAGCAUCGACGCUUUGCUUCAAGAGAAGAAAGAAAGCAGCCAGAGCAAUGAAGCCCAAAGCUGGCUCUGAAGCUGCUGAUGCAGCAAGGAAGUGUUCCCCAGAAGCAGGAGCCUCUGAUCAGCCAGAGCCCCCCGGGGGGGCCUGGGCCUCCAUCAAACGCCUUGUAACACGCAGCAAAAGGUCAGAUUCUUCAAAGCAGCAAAAGCCCUUUGAGGCCAAAGUGCAACCUGAAAUCAAUGCUGAGGAUGAUCAUUCUAAAAAAAGGGCAAAGUCCAGACUCAAGAUUCCCUGUAUAAAAUUCUCAAAAGGGGAGAAAAGAAGUAAUCAUUCCAAAAUUAUAGAAGACUCAGACUGCAGUAUCAAAGUCCAACGAGAGGCUGGAAGUUUGGAUACAAAAACUCUGACCCAAUCAGAUGACCAGGCAGCAAAGACCAAGUCGAAGCAGCAUGUAAGGGAAGAUGUCUCACAGAAAGGGAGUGAUGAGGUCUGUGAAUCAAAUGUGAACAACAGCGUAACUUCUCCUGGAGAGAAAGUGAUUUCAGUAGAACUUGAGUUAGAUACAGGGCAUUCUGCUAUUCAAACAGGAACUCUAAUCCUUGAAAAAGACAUUGAAAUGCUUGAGGAAAAACAAAGCAUCCAACCUCAGCAAGCAAGCCCACUGGAAACUUCAGACACAAAACACCAGCUCCCAGUGGUUUCUGAUGUUCCUCCCUCACCUGCAGUCCCAGAUCAACAAAUUCUGGAAGAAGCCAGAAACAGUAUCCUAGAAAGUGGACCAGACUGGAAAGACCGUGAAAGUAAAGAGACUGUUGCUGAGGAGAGUAAGCCGAAAGAUACUGAACUGAGCCAGGAAUCAGAUUUUCAAGUAAAUGAAAUCACUGCAGAAAAACCCAAACCAGAAGAAAGCAAAAGAAUGGAGCCAAUUGCUAUUAUUAUCACAGACACUGAAAUCAGUGAAUUUGAUGUUAAGAAAUCUAGAAAUGUCCCUAAGCAAUUCUUAAUUUCAAUCGAAAAUGAGCAAGUGGGGGUUUUUGCUAAUGAUAGUGGUUUUGAGAGUAGAACUUCAGAACAAUAUGAAACACUCUUAAUAGAAACAGCUUCUUCUCUUGUCAAGAAUGCUAUCCAGUUGUCUAUAGAACAGCUGGUUAAUGAAAUGGCCUCUGAUGAUAAUGCAAAAAGCAAUCUUCUACAGUGACUUAAUUUCCACAUCAUGGGAGGGAAAAAAUGCUUAAUGGUAAAUUAUUUUACAUAUUUGUGGCAUUUCUUAUUCAGUAACAAAUGAGAGAUUUAACAUCUGUAGAAUUUAAAGGUACAAUUCCAACCCAGAAGUGCUAAAGAAUUAAGUUAUAAAACCCUCCCUUAUCACUGAAAUGUAGCCACUUCUGGAUUGGAGGAAGUCAGUACAGAUUGCAAUGAAAAGUGAUAUCCAGGAAAUUGCUAAAAUGGUUUGUGGAGAUCAGAGUGCUUGGGAGAAGCAAGAUGUAUUUAUUGAGUACUUGCGGUAUGCCAUAAGCUCUUUAAUGUCCUCUGAUGUCACAAAGCCUGGUUUCCUUUUAAAAGUUCAACACUGUGUAUAGGUUAACAUCGCAUUCUGUUUUCAACAACUUUUUUUUUACAGUGCACUUUUAUGUUGUAUAAAAUGGUGAAUAAGGUGAGCUAUUUUUGUGAAUGUGUGACUUAUAGCUGUUAUACUCCUAGGCAGUAGUCUUACCUCAAAAAAAUACUGCAAACCAAAAAAAUAAUAGUUUGAUUAAACAUGAGUGGUUUUCUAGUCUUGCUCAAGUUCCUUACAAAAGCCAUUCACAAAUUACUUCAAACACGCAAAUAAUUACCAAGUGCAAAGGUGUGGAAACAGCGAGUGAAUUUUCCAUCUCCAUCUUUCUUCUGCCCCAAGCAGACCUGUAUAAAAAUCCACUUGUGCAUGGGAUCAUCUGCUGAAAAGCUAAGAACAAAAAACAAAACAACAGGGCUUCCCCGGUGGCGCAGUGGUUAAGAAUCCGCCUGCCAAUGCAGGGGACUCGGGUUCGAGCCCUGGUCCGGGGAAGAUCCCACAUGCUGCAGAGCAACUAAGCCAGUGCACCACAACUACUGAGCCUGUGCUCUAGAGCCCACGAGCCACAACUACUGAGCCUGCGUGCCACAACUACUGAAGCCUACACGGCUAGAGCCCGUGUUCCGCAACAAGAGAAGCCACCGCGAUGAGAAGCCCGUGCACCGCAACAAAGAGUAGCCCUCGCUCGCCGCAACUAGAGAAAGCCCACACGCAGCAACAAAGACCCAACUUAACCAAAAAAUAAAUAAUUUUUUAAAAUUAAAACAACAAAACAACAAAAAGUGGAUUAUUUUCCAUCCAGGAGAAGACAAACUUUCCAAGUAAAAAAUCAUCACAUAUAACACAUGAUUCAUAUUGCAAGAUUAAAUCUCUGGAGACUGUAUUCAUCAAUCUCUCCUCAAAGAGGGGAGAGUGGACUCAAAGCAAACCUGGCUGUAAAAGUCAUAGGAAAUCAUAAUAAUUUAGUGAAAAUAUUCAUGCUUGGCUAAGAAUGAGCCAAAUACAUCUUUCAUUGUGCCUAUGUGUUGAGAGACACCAGUAAAAAUUUUACACAGAUAAUGAAAAUAAACUUUUUCAUCAGUACUUUUAGUCCAGCUAGUCCCCUACAAAAAAAAAAAAAAA